AUGACGGAAACUGAAAAACAAUUAAUCUUAAAGACAGCUAAUGACUUGGCUGAAGACUAUUAUAAGAUUAAACAACAGGAUGUUAAAGAAUUCUUUCCGCUCCAGGACCCUAAAUGGGACCCUAACCGAUCAGGGGAGCGAGAAAGGUUACAGGCAUAUCAGGAAUGGAUCGUUAAAGGAGUGGAACGAGCUAUUCCAAAGAGCAUAAACUGGUCAGCAUUAUAUGCCGUAAAACAGGGUCCCUCAGAAUCACCUUCUGAGUUCUUAGAUCACCUCAGAGAUGCAAUGCGCCGACACACACCAUUAGAUCCUAACUCAGAAAUAGGAAUACAACAACUCGUGUCUUUGUUUCUGGGUCAGUCGGCUAGGGAUAUUAGGAGAAAGUUACAGAGGUUACGACCAACAGAGGGAAGAAACUUAGAAGUGUUGCUGGAUGAGGCUUGGAAGGUGUUCAGUAAUCGGGAAGAGGAUUAUAAACUGGGGAUGCGAAGAUUAGUAGCAGUCGUGGAAGAGGAGGGGAAUAGAGGACCGAGACAGAAAUCGCAGUUGAAAAAAAACCAAUGUGCCCUGUGUCGACAAUUUGGACACUGGAAAAAUGAAUGUCCAAGAAACGAGGGAAAUAAAAACCGCCGACACAAAACAGCCAAAGAACGGGUAGUGGCACAUAUGGAUGAUUGACAGGGACCGGGGGAAUCCUCCCUAGCGGAUCCACUGGUUGUAAUAAAGCUAGGGGAAGAAAAGGAAGAAGUGGAAUUUUUAGUAGACACCGGGGCAACAUAUUCGGUUCUGAAUAAGGCAUUAAUACCUGUAGGAGGAGACUAUGUUACUGUAAAAGGGGCAACUGGCCAAAGUGAAAAGGCAUGUUUUUGUAAGCCACUGAAAUUUCAAUUGGGAAAACAAUGGGGCAUUCAUAAAUUUUUAUAUAUGCUCAAUGCCCCAAAGGCUCUCCUGGGGAGAGAUUUGUUGGAACAACUGGGGGCCACUAUUACCUUCAAAGAAGGUGAGAUCACCUUGAAAAGGAUUAAACAAUACCCUCUAAGAAAAGAAGAUAGGGAGGGAAUUUGUCCAAUAAUUGAAAACUUUUUACAGUUAGGAUUAUUAAAAGAAUGUCAAUCUGAUUUUAAUACCCCUAUCUUACCAGUCUGUAAGCCUGAUGGAUCAUAUCGGGUGGUACAGGACUUGAGAGCUGUCAACAAGAUCAUUGAGGAUCUUUACCCAGUGGUAGCAAAUCCAUACACGCUACUGACUUGCUUAAUUCCAGAACUAACUUGGUUUACUGUUUUAGAUCUAAAGGACGCCUUCUUUUGCCUCCCUCUCCAUGAAGCCAGUCAGAAAAUUUUUGCAUUUGAAUGGGAAAACCCCAGAAGUGGGCGCAAAACCCAGCUCACAUGGACGGUGCUGCCUCAAGGAUUUAAAAAUAGUCCCACUUUGUUUGGAGAACAACUUGCCAAAGACUUAGAAUUAUGGGAAGCCCCACCGGAGGAAGGAAGAAUACUGCAGUAUGUGGACGACAUUCUAAUUGCCACCCGGACAGAAGAAACUUGUGUGGCUUGGACGGUAAGCCUUUUAAAUUUCUUGGGACUCCAGGGAUAUAGGGUGUCUAAGAAAAAGGCUCAAAUAGUAAAACAGAAAGUAACCUACCUAGGAUAUGAGAUUAGCGCUGGACAACAAACUCUGGGACGGGAGCGCAAAGAAGCAAUAUGUCAGACCCCAAAGCCUCAAACAAUAAAAGAGCUACGAACUUCUCUGG